UGAAUUUAUUUUUUCUUACAGCCGAGCUGAUUGUACUUUGACCAACUAAUGGGUUAAUACUGUCAAGGGAAAUUAGCCCUGACUAAACAUUGCCGCUGGCUCAUGAAUGCACUAGGCUUGGGGCAGUAUAAAAACUCAGAGAAACCAGUGUGUAGGAGACACAGAAAUCAGUGCCACUCAGUGACAGAAGCAACAAUAAUUGUGAAAAAUACUUCAGCAGUUAUGGACUCAUCUGUCAUUCAAAGGAAAAAAGUAGCUGUCAUUGGUGGUGGCUUGGUUGGCUCAUUACAAGCAUGCUUUCUUGCAAAGAGGCAUUUCCAAAUUGAUGUAUAUGAAGCUAGGGAAGAUACUCGAGUGGCUCCCUUCACACGUGGAAGAAGCAUUAACUUAGCCCUUUCUCAUAGAGGACGACAAGCCUUGAAAGCUGUUGGCCUGGAAGAUCAGAUUGUAUCCCAAGGUAUUCCCAUGAGAGCAAGAAUGAUCCACUCUCUUUCAGGAAAAAUGUCUGCAAUUCCCUAUGGGACAAAGUCUCAGUAUAUUCUUUCUGUAAGCAGAGAAAAUCUAAACAAGGAUCUAUUGACUGCUGCUGAGAAAUACCCCAAUGUGAAAAUGCACUUUAACCACAGGCUGUUGAAAUGUAAUCCAGAGGAAGGAAUGAUCACAGUGCUUGGAUCUGACAAAGUUCCCAAAGAUGUCACUUGUGACCUCAUUGUAGGAUGUGAUGGAGCCUAUUCAACUGUCAGAUCUCACCUGAUGAAGAAACCUCGCUUUGAUUACAGUCAGCAGUACAUUCCUCAUGGGUACAUGGAGUUGACUAUUCCACCUAAGAACGGAGAUUAUGCCAUGGAACCUAAUUAUCUGCAUAUUUGGCCUAGAAAUACCUUUAUGAUGAUUGCACUUCCUAACAUGAACAAGUCAUUCACAUGUACUUUGUUCAUGCCCUUUGAAGAGUUUGAAAAACUUCUAACCAGUAAUGACGUGGUAGAUUUCUUCCAGAAAUACUUUCCGGAUGCCAUCCCUCUAAUUGGAGAGAAACUCCUAGUGCAAGAUUUCUUCCUGUUGCCUGCCCAGCCCAUGAUAUCUGUAAAGUGCUCUUCAUUUCACUUUAAAUCUCACUGUGUACUGCUGGGAGAUGCAGCUCAUGCUAUAGUGCCGUUUUUUGGGCAAGGAAUGAAUGCGGGCUUUGAAGACUGCUUGGUAUUUGAUGAGUUAAUGGAUAAAUUCAAUAAUGACCUUAGUUUGUGUCUUCCUGUGUUCUCAAGAUUGAGAAUCCCAGAUGAUCACGCGAUUUCAGACCUAUCCAUGUACAAUUACAUAGAGAUGCGAGCACAUGUCAACUCAAGCUGGUUCAUUUUUCAGAAGAACAUGGAGAGAUUUCUUCAUACGAUUAUGCCGUCGACCUUUAUCCCUCUCUAUACAAUGGUCACUUUUUCCAGAAUAAGAUACCAUGAGGCUGUGCAGCGUUGGCAUUGGCAAAAAAAGGUGAUAAACAAAGGACUCUUUUUCUUGGGAUCACUGAUAGCCAUCAGCAGUACCUACCUACUUAUACACUACAUGUCACCACGACCUUUCCUCCGCUUGAGAAGACCAUGGAACUGGAUAGCUCACUUCCGGAAUACAACAUGUUUCCCUGCAAAGGCCAUGGACUCCCUAGAACAAAUUUCCAAUCUCAUUAGCAGGUGAUAGAAAGGUUUUGUGGUAGCAAAUGCAUGAUUUCUCUGUGACCAAAAUUAAGCAUGAAAAAAAUGUUUCCAUUGCCAUAUUUGAUUCACUAGUGGAAGAUAGUGUUCUGCUUAUAAUUAAACUGAAUGUAGAGUAUCUCUA